GUUUGCACCGUGCUGAAGCUGUUUCAGUUCACGCAGCGACGUCGCGCCGCACGCAUCGGCACGCACCGCACACGCACAUACGCACACACCUGUGUUCGCUCGCAGGCAAACGUCAAAAUCGAGCGGACUCGUCGUCGGCCGGCCGGCCACGUGAAUUUGCGAAAUCCAACGACGACAGGUCCGUCAAAAUGACAGACCCCGAGGAGAGCGAUCGUCAGCCGUGACUUCGACGCGACUUCGCGCGCGACGAAAUGUUCGCGGAUCCCCAUUUAUUCCGAACGACUGUUCCUAGUUCGUAGUGAAGUGCCAGACCCCUCGUGCUCCGCCGGUGACCGGAAGUUGGGCGCAUUCCGCGGUUGUGAUAGAUCGUCGGCAGAACGCUCGCAGUAAUCGCGGAUCGUCGUCCGUCGUGACUGGCUACCGGAGCACCGAGCUGCAUCAUUUACGAAACAGCGUCGACUAUGGUGGUUCUGAGUCGCGUGGGGUCGCCGACGAUGUCAGCGACUGUCGCCGGCAACCAGCAACAGCAGCAUCCUCAUCAGGAGUGGGACAUAAAUGACUCGAAUGUGCCGAGGGUAGUGGAAUACGAUCCCUGGUGCGAAUGGGCGGACGGACACGUGAGGAGAGUCUACGGACCGGAUUGCGAGGAAGCGAGAAAGCACGCCUCCGGUUGGGCCAUGAGGAACACCAACAAUCAUAACGUGGCGAUUCUCAAGAAGAGUUGCCUGGGCGUUCUCGUGUGCUCCCAGGAGUGCAUACUACCCGGCGGUGGAAGGGUUCACCUUCGACCGGCGAUCUGCGAUAAGGCGAGGAAGAAGCAGCAAGGUAAACCGUGCCCCAACAGGCAGUGCACCGGUCGCCUCGAGAUACUCUCGUGUCGCGGACACUGCGGCUAUCCCGUGACGCACUUCUGGCGGCACACGGAACACGCCAUUUUUUUCCAAGCCAAGGGCCAGCACGAUCAUCCGCGGCCGGAGGCCAAAUCCACGUCGGAGGCGAGAAGGAGCGUGGGUGCCGGCAGAAGGGUCAGAGGGCUGGCGGUCCUCUUGACGCGGGAAGCCGCCUUAGGCACCAAAUUGAUGUCGCUGAGAGGAACCAAAAGACCGAGUACGGAGCUGGAGCAGCCAGCGAGAGCCACGCAGCCACCGCCGUUGAUCUCCGACAAAGGAUACUCCUGUUCCUGCCCGCCCUUCGAGUGCAUGUGCUCGCUGCAGACGAACGUGCCGGCGUAUCCGCAGUCCCAUCAUCACCAGACGACGGUGUACUCCCAGCAAUUGCCGCCCGCGGACGGAGCUUACUGGCUGCAGGACGUGCCGCCGCAGGAGAACACCGUGGCUUAUUGCCUGCCGAAUCAGCAGAUGACGCAGGAGGCGUCUUACGGCGACUUUCCGCCCUUCGCGGGCGAUCUCUUCCAGCCGGAGGAGAUCUUCCAGCUGGAUCAACCGCUGAGGCCCGAUUUCCCGGCGAAUCCUCAGGACGUGGCUCGCUCGCCGCCGACCUUGCUCGACCUCGGCAGCGGCACCAUCAAGUACGAGGUGAAGCAGCAAAGUCAAGAUCAAGCUUACUGGAAUCAGUUCCUCAGCGAGGACUCCAGCAGCAGCCACCUGAGCUUGCCUCCUCAGGACGAGAGGCUACAGUUCUCUUCUGGCUUCGAGCCUGAGAAGGACUCCAACGGUUUGCCCUCCAGAAGAACGAUGCAUCAUUAUGUCCAGGAGAAGGAUCAGCAGAAUCAGGCUCAUCCUGUAAACGACGCGCUGCACUAUCAGAGUUACUUUCGACCGCAGAACCAGAAGGGCUUCGUCGACGGUAAUUCAAAAAGCGAGCACGAGCAACAGUCUUAUUGGCCGCAGGAUCAACAGGAUAAUCGACUGCACUUCCCCGGCUUCGAGGUGAAGGAGGAGGACCUGUUGUCGUCGCGCAGGGAAGUCGAAUGUUACAACAACAACAACAACAACAGGAACGGCUGUCAGACUUCAUUGGCCGGUAGGACGGAGUACGACAAUCUCUAUCAGCAGAGGUCGAAGAGUGAGGACACGCAGGACGCGGUGCGUAGCAGUCGCAGUCCCGAGGACAGGCCGUAUCCUUUCGACGGCUAUCACCAUCAGAUGUUCGAUCACGGCGACAGCAAGAGUCAGCCGCCGCACAGCCGCGUCGCUCAUCAUCAGAACACCACCAGGAUGACUUUGGACGAGAGACUUCAGACUUACGACAGCCACGAAGCCGUCGCAGAGGCCACCGACAGGCUCUUUCACGGUUCCGCCGCGAUGGAGACGUCGGCGGUCCAGUCGCAGAACAGCUCAGAGCCCUUUUUCUAUCCGAACAACGAGCGCUGCCACUACACCUGCGAGAUACUGGACCGCUUGCCACAAAUGAUGAGCAACGUCCCGGCGGCGACGGCUCACGGGACGAACGACAAUAAUUACGGCGGCCAGGUCGCCGCCGACCUGGACUUGCCGCCCUUUGUCGAUUACACGCUAGUCGGGAUGCUGUGCAGUUCCGCGGACGAGGAGGCAGCGUCUAGCCUGCUGCCGGCGGGAUGCCCGCAGGACUCGCACAGCUACGUUCCUCAUCAUUAGAAUACAUUCCACGUUCGUCGCUACAUUCUACUCAUUUGUAUCAUAUCAUAUAAAUAAAUAUAAGAUAGUUGCACACACA